AUGUUGAAGGUCAUCACAGCCCGUUUUCACCCACCCAAGCCAUCAUCUAGACGUUUUGAUGGGCUCACCAUCCUCGUCGUGGGGGCCUCCACAGGCAUCGGUCUUGAGGCAGCCAAGAAGCUAGCAGCACAGGGAACAUCUACCCUCAUCAUCACAGCCCGAGACGAAGCCAAGGCAGCUACAACCAAAGCGACCAUUGAAGAGCACUUAGCAUCAAGUUCGGCAUUUUCAGGGCCCUUACCGGUCAUCGUUCCUCUUGUCGUUGAGAUGACUUCCCCUGACUCAAUCUACAACUUGGUCAAUAGACUGAAGCAGACGACAAACCACUUGGACCACGCCAUCAUCAGUGCCGGGUUGCUGGCAGGAUCGUACAAUCAGGCGGAAACAGGAUACGAGAGCAGCCUGCAAGUCAACGCCAUUUCGCCAACACUGCUUUCAACGCACCUUCUCCCUAUGCUACUCGCCUCUCCUUUGGUGCAGAAGGCCUCGGUCGCCGAAAGACCGCAUCUCACUUUGGUCAGCUCCGGCGCGGCUUGGCUUGCCAGUCGUUCGACCAUAGAACCUAUCCUCAAUUCGACGGCCCCUCUUCGUGACCUAUCAAGACCGGAGGCCUUCACGCCGGGAGUCAUGGGAGGACAAAGGCACUACUGCCUCACCAAGCUUAUGCUUGAAUAUUCCAUGCGGCACCUUGCGUUCCUCCCAGGUAUCGAGGACACUGAAAAGAAACCAAAGGUUCUCGUUGCUUCCGUUUGCCCUGGUGCGGUCAACUCGGACCUCUCGCGUCACUCAGCCAACAACGGAGUCGUCGGAUUGAUGGCAAAGAUCGUCAACAACACCGUUGCGCGGACGGCGGAGCAAGGGGCAAAUAUCUACAUUUCAAGCCUUGGACUGGGCGAGGAAGGUCGCGGUCAGAUGUGGACGGACGAUCACAUCUCCAAGGACCACAAGAUGUUCCUUUCUACCCCGGAAGGCAAACAGCUCGGAGAUCGAGUCGUGAAAGAGCUUCAGAGCUUUGUGAAAGAGAUGGAUAUCAAAAGAGGCAUAUGA